AUGUCAGGGACUCCUCGAUGCGGGGAGAGGGUGCGUAGCUCUCCACAGAUCUCCAAGACGGUCACUGCGGCCAGAGGGUGUCACUUCGUGAAAGCACUCCUUCCUGGCAGCUUCCCCCAAGGUGGUGCUGAACCCUAUGACAUCCUGGGAGACUCUUUGGAACAGCUCCUUCCAGUAUUGGGCUAUAACGUUCAUCCCAAGGAUUCAUUGGUCUGCCCCCAGACAGUCAUCCUUCACAAUCCCAACCCCCUUGGCUGGAACUUGCACUCCUCCCACAACAAAAUCCACGACCGCAUGGCCGACACAGGGGAUGUCUCUGAGUUCAAUACCAUCAUCCCAAAACUGCUGCAAGGCAAACUCUCCCAGCUGAACGUGUCUAACUCCAUCUCACUGGAGCGCCGCAAGGAUGCUUGCUCUCACCUCUACUCACUCUACACCAAUGACUCCACCUCCAACAACGCGUCUGUCAUACUAAUCAGGUUUGCAGAUGACACCAACCUGGUCGGCCAGCCCCACUUCAAGUGCCAUGCGAGAGUGGGCAUCCAGCCGGUGCGGAUUGUGCCAGCUCAGCGCGUUUGGUCUCCGGUGCACUGUUUCGGUCCAGGGUAUCCUGUGCCGGCUCUGCGUACUGUGUCUCCGGGGCGUUGGGAGGGUUCAGUUCGCCCUAUGCCUGUGCUCCGCCAGGUGCCGGGCGAAGGUUCUCCCUCAUGUCCGGCGCUGCCAGAGCCUCCCGCCCCCCUGUCCGGAUCUUCCAGAGUCUCCCGCCCCUCUGUCCGGCGCCGCCAGAGUCUCCCGCCCCACUGUCCGGCACUGCCAGAGUCUCCCGCCGACCUGUCCGGCGCCGCCAGAGUCUCCCAUCCCUCUGUCCUGCACCGCCAGAGUCUCCCGCCCCACUGUCCGGCACUGCCAGAGUCUCCCGCCCCACUGUCCGGCGCUGCCAGAGUCUCCCGCCCCCUGUCCGGCACUGCCAGAGUCUCCCGCCACCCUGUCCGGAUCUUCCAGAGUCUCCCGCCCCCCUGUCAGGCGCUGCCAGAGUCUCCCGCCCCACUGUCCGGCACUGCCAGAGUCUCCCGCCCCACUGUCAGGCGCUGCCAGAGUCUCCCGCCCCCUGUCCGGCGCUGCCAGAGUCUCCCGCCCUCUGUCCGGAGCUGCCAGAGUCUCCCGCCCCCCCUGUCCGGCACUGCCAGAGUCUCCCGCCCCCUUGUCCGGAUCUUCCAGAGUCUCCUGACCCCCUGUCCAGCGCUGCCAGAGUCUUUGGCCCCUCUGUCCGGCUGUUACGGAUACCAGUAUCCUACUGUCGGGCCAAAAGGAUUUGUAACAUCGGCGCUGCCAGAGUCUCCGGCCCCCUGUCCGACGCCGCCAGAGUCUCCCGCCCCCCUGUCCGGCACUGCCAGAGUCUCCCGCCCCCCUGUCCGGCGCCGCCAGAGUCUCCCGUCCCUCUGUCCGGCGCCGCCAGAGUCUCCCGCCCCCCUGUCCGGCGCCGCAAGAGUCUCCCGCCCCCGUCCAGCGCCACCAGAGUCGCAACUCCUCAGUCCAGAGGCGCCAGAGUCUCCCGCCCCCUGUCCGGCCCUGCCAGAGUCUCCCACCCCUCUGUCCGGCGCUGCCAGAGUCUCCCGCCCCACUGUCCGGCGCUGCCAGAGUCUCCCGCCCCACUGUCCGGCGCUGCCAGAGUCUCCCGCCCUCUGUCCGGCGCUGCCAGAGUCUCCGGCCCCUCUGUCCGACACCGCCAGAGUCUCCCGCCCCCCUGUCCGGCACUGCCAGAGUCUCCCGCCCCCCUGUCUGGCGCCGCCAGAGUCUCCGCCCCCUGUCCGGCGCAGCCAGAGUCUCCCAGCCCCUCAGUCCAGAGGCGCCAGAGUCUCCUGUCCCCCUGUCCAGGGCUGCCAGAGUCUCCCACCCCCCUGUCCGGCGCAGCCAGAGUCUCCCGCCCCCCUGUCCGGCGCUGCAAGAGUCUCCCGCCCCCCUGUCCGGCGCAGCCAGAGUCGCAGCCCCUCAGUCCAGAGGCGCCAGAGUCUCCCACCCCCCUGUACGGGGCCGCCAGAGUCUUCCGCCCCCCUGUCCGGCGCCGCCAGAGUCUCCCGCCCCCCUGUCCGGCGCUGCCAGAGUCUCCCGCCCCACUGUCCGGCACUGCCAGAGUCUCCCGCCCCCCUGUCCGGCGCCGCCAGAGUCUCCCGCCCCAUUAGUCUCCGGCCCCUCUGUCCGGCGCUGCCAGAGUCUCCGGCCCCUCUGUCCGGCGCUGCCAGAGUCUCCGGUUCCUCGGUCCGGCGCUGCCAGAGUCUCCGGCCCCUCUGUCCGGCGCUGCCAAAGUCUCCGGCCCCCUGUCCGGCAAUGCCAGAGUCUCCCGCCCCCUGUCCGGCGCCUGCCAGAGUCUCCCGCCCCCUGUCCGGCACUGCCAGAGUCUCCCGCCCCUGUCCGGCGCUGCCAGAAUCUCCCGCCCCCUGUCCGGCGCUGCCAGAGUCUCCCGGCCCCCUGUCCGGCAAUGCCAGAGUCUCCCGCCCCCUGGCCGCCUGCCAGAGUCUCCCGCCCCAUUGUCCGCGCCGCCAGAGUCUCCCGCCCCAUUGUCCGGCGCUGCCAGAGUCUCCCGGCCCCUCUGUCCGGCGCUGCCAGAGUCUCCGGCCCCCUGUCCGGCAAUGCCAGAGUCUCCCGCCCCCCUGUCCGGCGCCGCCAGAGUCUCCCGCCCCAUUGUUCGGCGCUGCCAGAGUCUCCCGCCCCUCUGUCCGGCGCUGCCAGAGUCUCCCGCCCCCUGUCCGGCGCUGCCAGUGUCUCCCGCCCCACUGUCCGGCACUGCCAGAGUCUCCCGCCCCCCUGUCCGGCGCCGCCAGAGUCUCCCGCCCCAUUGUCCGGCGCUGCCAGAAUCUCCCGCCCCCCUGUCCGGCGCUGCAAGAGUCUCCCGCCCCCCUGUCCGGCGCAGCCAGAGUCGCAGCCCCUCAGUCCAGAGGCGCCAGAGUCUCCCACCCCCCUGUCCGGUUGCCGCCAGAGUCUUCCGCCCCCCUGUCCGGCGCCGCCAGAGUCUCCCGCCCCCCUGUCCGGCGCUGCCAGAGUCUCCCGCCCCACUGUCCGGCACUGCCAGAGUCUCCCGCCCCCCUGUCCGGCGCCGCCAGAGUCUCCCGCCCCAUUGUCCGGCGCUGCCAGAAUCUCCCGCCCCCUGUCCGGCGCUGCAAGAGUCUCCCACCCCCUGUCUGGCGCAGCCAGAGUCGCAGCCCCUCAGUCCAGAGGCGCCAGAGUCUCCCACCCCCUGUCCGGUUGCCGCCAGAGUCUUCCGCCCCCUGUCCGGCGCCGCCAGAGUCUCCCGCCCCUCUGUCCGGCGCUGCCAGAGCCUCCGGCCCCCUGUCCGGCAUUGCCAGAGUCUCCGGCCCCCUGUCCGGCGCCGCCAGAGUCUCCCGCCCCCUGUCCGGUGCCGCCAGAAACUCCGCCCCCUGUCCGGCGCCGCCAGAGUCUCUCCCACCCUCCUCCUCGGCGCCACCAGAAUCUCCCGCCCCCUGUCCGGCGCUGCAAGAGUCUCCCGCCCCCUGUCCGGCGCAGCCAGAGUCGCAGCCCCUCAGUCCAGAGGCGCCAGAGUCUCCCACCCCCUGUCCGGGGCUGCCAGAGUCUCCGCCCCCUGUCCGGCGCUGCCAGAAUCUCCCGCCCCCUGUCCGGCGCUGCAAGAGUCUCCCGCCCCCUGUCCGGCGCAGCCAGAGUCGCAGCCCCUCAGUCCAGAGGCGCGCCAGAGUCUCCCACCCCCUGUCCGGGGCCGCCAGAGUCUUCCGCCCCCCUGUCCGGCGCCGCCAGAGUCUCCCGCCCCCCUGUCCGGCGCCGCCAGAGUCUCCCGCCCCACUGUCCGGCACUGCCAGAGUCUCCCGCCCCCUGUCCGGCGCAGCCAGAGUCUCCCGCCCCAUUGUCCGGCGCUGCCAGAGUCUCCCGCCCCUCUGUCCGGCGCUGCCAGAGUCUCCGGCCCCUCUGUCCGGCGCUGCCAGAGUCUCUGGCCCCUCGGUCCGGCGCUGCCAGAGUCUCCGGACCCUCGGUCCGGCGCUGCCAGAGUCUCCGGCCCCUCUGUCCGGCGCUGCCAGAGUCUCCGGCCCCUCUGUCCGGCGCUGCCAGAGUCUCCGGCCCCUCUGUCCGGCGCUGCCAGAGUCUACGGUUCCUCUGUCCGGCGCUGCCAGAGUCUCCGGCCCCUCUGUCCGGCGCUGCCAAAGUCUCCGGCCCCCUGUCCGUCGCUGCCAGGUUCUCCCGCCCCCCUAUCCCGCGCUGCCAGAGUCUCCCGCCCCCUGUCCGGCGCUGCCAGAGUCUCCCCCCCCCCCUGUCUGGCGCCGCCAGAGUCUCCCCCCCCUGUCCGGCAAUGCCAGAGUCUCCCCGCCCCCUGGCCGGCGAUGCCAGAGUCUCCCGCCCCCUGUCCGGCACUGCCAGAGUCUCCCGCCCCCUGUCCGGCGCUGCCAGAAUCUCCCGCCCCCUGUCCGGCGCCGCCAGAGUCUCCCGCCCCCUGUCCGGCGCUGCCAGAGUCUCCCGCCCCACUGUCCGGCCCUGCCAGAGUCUCCCGCCCCCCUGUCCGGCGCCGCCAGAGUCUCCCGCCCCACUGUCCGGCGCAGCCAGAAUCUCCCGCCCCCCUGUCCGGCGCUGCAAGAGUCUCCCGCCCCCCUGUCCGGCGCAGCCAGAGUCGCAGCCCCUCAGUCCAGAGGCGCCAGAGUCUCCCACCCCCUGUCCGGUUGCCGCCAGAGUCUUCCGCCCCCUGUCCGGCGCCGCCAGAGUCUCCCGCCCCCUGUCCGGCGCGCCAGAGUCUCCCGCCCCACUGUCCGGCACUGCCAGAGUCUCCCGCCCCCUGUCCGGCACCGCCAGAGUCUCCCGCCCCAUUGUCCGGCGCUGCCCAGAAUCUCCCGCCCCCUGUCCGGCGCUGCAAGAGUCUCCCACCCCCCUGUCUGGCGCAGCCAGAGUCGCAGCCCCUCAGUCCAGAGGCGCCAGAGUCUCCCACCCCCCUGUCCGGUUGCCGCCAGAGUCUUCCGCCCCCCUGUCCGGCGCCGCCAGAGUCUCCCGCCCCUCUGUCCGGCGCUGCCAGAGCCUCCGGCCCCCUGUCCGGCAUUGCCAGAGUCUCCGGCCCCCCUGUCCGGCGCCGCCAGAGUCUCCCGCCCACCUGUCCGGUGCUGCCAGAGACUCCCGCCCCCCUGUCCGGCGCCGCCAGAUUCUCCCACCCUCCUCCUCGGCGCCACCAGAAUCUCCCGCCCCCCUGUCCGGCGCUGCAAGAGUCUCCCGCCCCCCUGUCCGGCGCAGCCAGAGUCGCAGCCCCUCAGUCCAGAGGCGCCAGAGUCUCCCACCCCCCUGUCCGGGGCUGCCAGAGUCUCCCGCCCCCUGUCCGGCGCUGCCAGAAUCUCCCGCCCCACUGUCCGGCGCUGCAAGAGUCUCCCGCCCCCCUGUCCGGCGCAGCCAGAGUCGCAGCCCCUCAGUCCAGAGGCGCCAGAGUCUCCCACCCCCCUGUCCGGGGCCGCCAGAGUCUUCCGCCCCCCUGUCCGGCGCCGCCAGAGUCUCCCGCCCCCUGUCCGGCGCCGCCAGAGUCUCCCGCCCCACUGUCCGGCACUGCCAGAGUCUCCCGCCCCCCUGUCCGGCGCCGCCAGAGUCUCCCGCCCCACUAGUCUCCGGCCCCUCUGUCCGGCGCUGCCAAAGUCUCCGGCCCCCUGUCCGUCGCUGCCAGGUUCUCCCGCCCCCUAUCCCGCGCUGCCAGAGUCUCCCGCCCCCCUGUCCGACGCCCCCAGAGUCUCCCGCCCCCCUGUCUGGCGCCGCCAGAAUCACCCGCCCCUGUCCGGCGCUGCCAGAGUCUCCCGCCCCCUGUCCGGCAAUGCCAGAGUCUCCCGCCCCCUGGCCGGCGAUGCCAGAGUCUCCCGCCCCCUGUCCGGCACUGCCAGAGUCUCCCCCCCUGUCCGGCGCUGCCAGAAUCUCCCGCCCCCUGUCCGGCGCCGCCAGAGUCUCCCGCCCCCUGUCCGGCGCUGCCAGAGUCUCCCGCCCCACUGUCCGGCACUGCCAGAGUCUCCCGCCCCCCUGUCCGGCGCCGCCAGAGUCUCCCGCCCUCCUCCACGGCGCCACCAGAAUCUCCCGCCCCCUGUCCGGCGCUGCAAGAGUCUCCCGCCCCCCUUUCCUGCGCAGCCAGAGUCGCAGCCCCUCAGUCCAGAGGCGCCAGAGUCUCCCACCCCCUGUCCGGGGCUGCCAGAGUCUCCCGCCCCCUCUCCGGCGCUGCCAGAAUCUCCCGCCCCCCUGUCCGGCGCUGCAAGAGUCUCCCGCCCCCCUGUCCGGCGCAGCCAGAGUCGCAGCCCCUCAGUCCAGAGGCGCCAGAGUCUCCCGCCCCCCUGUCCGGGGCCGCCAGAGUCUUCCGCCCCCCUGUCUGGCGCCGCCAGAGUCUCCCGCCCCCCUGUCCGGCAAUGCCAGAGUCUCCCGCCCCCCCUGGCCGGCACUGCCAGAGUCUCCCGCCCCCUGUCCGGCGCUGCCAGAAUCUCCCGCCCCCCUGUCCGGCGCUGCAAGAGUCUCCCGCCCCCCUGUCCGGCGCAGCCAGAGUCGCAGCCCCUCAGUCCAGAGGCGCCAGAGUCUCACACCCCCUGUCCGGGGUUGCCAGAGUCUCCCGCCCCCUGUCCGGCGCUGCCAGAGUCUUCCGCCCCCCUGUCCGGCGCCGCCAGAGUCUCCCGCCCCCCUGUCUGGCGCCGCCAGAGUCUCCCGCCCCCCCUGGCCGGCGAUGCCAGAGUCUCCCGCCCCCCUGUCCGGCACUGCCAGAGUCUCCCGCCCCCUGUCCGGCGCUGCCAGAAUCUCCCGCCCCCCUGUCCGGCGCUGCAAGAGUCUCCCGCCCCCCUGUCCGGCGCAGCCAGAGUCGCAGCCCCUCAGUCCAGAGGCGCCAGAGUCUCCCACCCCCCUGUCCGGGGCUGCCAGAGUCUCCCGCCCCCUGUCCGGCGCUGCCAGAAUCUCCCGCCCCCUGUCCGGCGCUGCAAGAGUCUCCCGCCCCCUGUCCGGCGCAGCCAGAGUCGCAGCCCCUCAGUCCAGAGGCGCCAAAGUCUCCCGCCCCCCUGUCCGGCGCAGCCAGAGUCGCAGCCCCUCAGUCCAGAGGCGCCAAAGUCUCCCCCCCCUGUCCGGGGCCGCCAGAGUCUUGCGCCCCCUGUCCGGCACCGCCAGAGUCUCCCGCCCCCUGUCUGGCGCCGCCAGAGUCUCCCGCCCCCUGGCCGGCGAUGCCAGAGUCUCCCGCCCCCCUGUCCGGCACUGCCAGAGUCUCCCGCCCCUGUCCGGCGCUGCCAGAAUCUCCCGCCCCCCUGUCCGGCGCUGCAAGAGUCUCCCGCCACCUGUCCGGCGCAGCCAGAGUCGCAGCCCCUCAGUCCAGAGGCGCCAGAGUCUCCCACCCCCCUGUCCGGGGCUGCCAGAGUCUCCCGCCCCCUGUCCGGCGCUGCCAGAAUCUCCCGCCCCCUGUCCGGCGCUGCAAGAGUCUCCCGCCCCCCUGUCCGGCGCAGCCAGAGUCGCAGCCCCUCAGUCCAGAGGCGCCAAAGUCUCCCACCCCCCUGUCCGGGGCCGCCAGAGUCUUCCGCCCCCCUGUCCGGCGCCGCCAGAGUCUCCCGCCCCCCUGUCCGGCGCUGCCAGAGUCUCCCGCCCCACUGUCCGGCACUAACAGAGUCUCCCGCCCCCCUGUCCGGCGCCGCCAGAGUCUCCCGCCCCAUUGUCCGGCGCUGCCAGAGUCUCCCGCCCCUCUGUCCGGCGCUGCCAGAGUCUCCGGCCCCUCUGUCCGGCGCUGCCAGAGUCUCUGGCCCUCGGUCCGGCGCUGCCAGAGUCUCCGGACCCUCGGUCCGGCGCUGCCAGAGUCUCCGGCCCCUCUGUCCGGCGCUGCCAGAGUCUCCGGCCCCUCUGUCCGGCGCUGCCAGAGUCUCCGGCCCUUCUUUCCGGCGCUGCCAGAGUCUCCGGUUCCUCUGUCCGGCGCUGCCAGAGUCUCCGGCCCCUCUGUCCGGCGCUGCCAAAGUCUCCGGCCCCCUGUCCGUCGCUGCCAGAUUCUCCCGCCCCCUCUCCCGCGCUGCCAGAGUCUCCCGCCCCCCUGUCCGGCGCCCCCAGAGUCUCCCGCCCCCCUGUCUGGCGCCGCCAGAAUCACCCGCCCCCUGUCCGGCGCUGCCAGAGUCUCCCGCCCCCCUGUCUGGCGCCGCCAGAGUCUCCCGCCCCCCUGUCCGGCAAUGCCAGAGUCUCCCGCCCCCCCUGGCCGGCGAUGCCAGAGUCUCCCGCCCCCCUGUCCGGCACUGCCAGAGUCUCCCGCCCCCCUGUCCGGCGCAGCCAGAGUCUCCGGCCCCUCUGUCCGGCGCUGCCAGAGUCUCCUGUUCCUCUGUCCGGCGCUGCCAGAGUCUCCCGCCCCCUUGUCCGGCGCUGCCAGAGUCUCCCGCCCCCCUGUCCGGCGCUGCCAAAGUCUCCCACCCCCUGUCCGGGGCCGCCAGAGUCUUCCGCCCCCCUGUCCGGCGCCGCCAGAGUCUCCCGCCCCCCUGUCCGGCGCUGCCAGAGUCUCCCGCCCCACUGUCCGGCACUGCCAGAGUCUCCCGCCCCCCUGUCCGGCGCCGCCAGAAGUCUCCGGUUCCUCUGUCCGGCGCUGCCAGAGUCUCCGGCCCCUCUGUCCGGCGCUGCCAAAGUCUCCGGCCCCCUGUCCGUCGCUGCCAGAUUCUCCCGCCCCCCUAUCCCGCGCUGCCAGAGUCUCCCGCCCCCCUGUCCGGCGCCCCCAGAGUCUCCCCGCCCCCUGUCUGGCGCCGCCAGAAUCACCCGCCCUGUCCGGCGCUGCCAGAGUCUCCCCCCUGUCUGGCGCCGCCAGAGUCUCCCGCCCCCCUGUCCGGCAAUGCCAGAGUCUCCCGCCCCCUGGCCGGCGAUGCCAGAGUCUCCCGCCCCCUGUCCGGCACUGCCAGAGUCUCCGCCCCCUGUCCGGCGCAGCCAGAGUCUCCGGCCCCUCUGUCCGGCGCUGCCAGAGUCUCCUGUUCCUCUGUCCGGCGCUGCCAGAGUCUCCCGCCCCCUUGUCCGGCGCUGCCAGAGUCUCCCGCCCCCUGUCCGGCGCUGCCAAAGUCUCCCACCCCCUGUCCGGGGCCGCCAGAGUCUUCCGCCCCCCUGUCCGGCGCCGCCAGAGUCUCCCGCCCCCCUGUCCGGCGCUGCCAGAGUCUCCCGCCCCACUGUCCGGCACUGCCAGAGUCUCCCGCCCCCCUGUCCGGCGCCGCCAGAGUCUCCCGCCCCAUUGUCCGGCGCUGCCAGAAGUCUCUGGCCCCUCGGUCCGGCGCUGCCAGAGUCUCCGGACCCUCGGUCCGGCGCUGCCAUAGUCUCCGGCCCCUCUGUCCGGCGCUGCCAGAGUCUCCGGCCCCUCUGUCCGGCGCUGCCAGAGUCUCCGGCCCCUCUGUCCGGCGCUGCCAGAGUCUCCGGUUCCUCUGUCCGGCGCUGCCAGAGUCUCCGGCCCCUCUGUCCGGCGCUGCCAAAGUCUCCGGCCCCCUGUCCGUCGCUGCCAGAUUCUCCCGCCCCCUAUCCCGCGCUGCCAGAGUCUCCCGCCCCCCUGUCCGGCGCCCCCAGAGUCUCCCGCCCCCCUGUCUGGCGCCGCCAGAAUCACCCGCCCCCUGUCCGGCGCUGCCAGAGUCUCCCCCUGUCUGGCGCCGCCAGAGUCUCCCGCCCCCCUGUCCGGCAAUGCCAGAGUCUCCCGCCCCCCCUGGCCGGCGAUGCCAGAGUCUCCCGCCCCCCUGUCCGGCACUGCCAGAGUCUCCCGCCCCCCUGUCCGGCGCAGCCAGAGUCUCCGGCCCCUCUGUCCGGCGCUGCCAGACCCUAGUGGAGUGGUGCCAGGAAAAUAACCUCUCCCUCAACCUCAACAAAAUGAAUGAGCUGAUCGUGGACUCCAGGAGACAACAGAGGGAGCACGCCCCCAUCCACAUCAACAGGGCCGCCCUCCAGGACAUCUACAGCGCCUGGUGUUACAGGAAGGCCAAGAAAAUCAUCAAGGACCUCAGCCACCUGAACCACGGACUGUUUACCCUUUUAGAAGGAGGAGACAGUAGUACACGUGCCUCAAAGCUGGGACCGAGAGACUGA